ACUACGUUUGCAACUGGUUGUGUGCUACGUGACUACGCAUCGAGAUUGACGAAGUACUGGCGGCUAUGGCGGAUCGAAGUUCAAGAGAUACGGGACGCGACUACGACAGAGAAUGGAGGGGCACUAGACAAGUUGGACACCGAGAGGAGCGGCGAGAUGGGCACAGACCAACGGAGCGUGAACACUAUGGUGAAGAAAGAAGUGAUAACUCAUGUGAACGUGGGUACUCUUCAGGAGACUAUCGAAGGAGAGGACCGCCCGCCUGUUUCGAAUGUGGCCAAGUUGGCCACUACCGUAACCAAUGUUGGAAGCUGACGGGUGCACGUACGUCGAAGCAGGGAGAAGAAAGAGGGCCGGGGAUUAAGGAAGGAAGGGAGGCGUCACCGGCGAAGGAAGCAUUGAUGAAGAAGGUGGAGAACUUGGGAUCGUCGCUAGCAACCAUGCAGGAGUUUUUUGCGAAGGAGAACAAAAAACGGGAAGAGAAGGAACAGCGGAAGAAGAACAAACUCUUGAAGAAGCAACGGGAGCAGGAAGAAGAAGAGGCGAGAAGAUCGGAAGAGGCCGCGCGGCAGGAAAAACAGAGGCGGAAGAUAGCGAAACUACGGGAAGCAGAAGAGGCUAAACAACAACUACGGAAAGAACUGAGGAUGGAAGUAGCGAUGGCCGUCGGCGGACUCGAAGAGGAAGUGUGUGGACGCGUUCUUCAAACUGUUGUACAGACAGCGAUGUUACAAAAAGGGAAACAGAAAGUGGACCUUGAUCACGGAACAACGGGCAAAUCGGCCAGUGAUACUGAAGAUAGCGAGGUGGAAAGGAUCAAUAUGCAAACAAGGCGCAUGGCGAUUAGCGAGAAGCGGAAGCGGAGUACUGAGAAAGCGAUUGGGGACAGCCCGCCGAUGGAACAACAUCCGAAACACACGCCCAAGACCCCGAACCUGCGGCCAGUGCAACUAUCCAGUAGACUGCAGAAAGCUACAGGGAAGAAGACCGAAAAAACACCGAAGAAGUUUACGCCCAGGCAGGGGACACCGAAGACGAAGAUUGCUGCCAUGAUCGGCGUUGCCGGGCGUGUUAAGUUCGUACGAGAAAACGUAUGUCAGCUAUCGGAGUUGCAGGCUGACGAGUUAAAGGAGAUUUGCAAAAAGGAAGAAGUCGACUACGUGAACAAAACGAUAGCAGCGAUGAAUAUUGCGGAGAAGUGGGCAGCAGAAGCCUAUGACAGUACUCAAGUCGAAGUGGCCAACACAUUGACUACAGCGGUAGAGUCGACCAAUUUGGAGUCGUUUGAAGACAAUAACGAGGCGUCAGGAUCGGAGGAGGACUCGACGCAAGGGGAGGAAGAGAUCGCAUAAACCAGUGAAGAUGACGACUGCUUGCUGCUACUGAUCCAACACCUGAC